AUGCCCGACAAACGCAAACCGUCCGGCUCAGUCACCGGCUACUCUCCCUACGCGAAACGUUCCCGCCCGUCCUACGCCGAAGAAGAUGACGAAGAAGAAGCACAGCCGACCGUGACUCCAUACGAACGCCCGCGCAACCACCCAGUAUACGGCCAAAAGAGCGCUUUUCCGGGUCUAGACGUCGCGGGUGAUGAUGAGUUGUUCUACGGGCCUGCUGAAGAUGGCUUGGAAUAUUUGCGCAUGGUUCGAUCGGAAGCAAAUUCACUCCCUUUUUUGUUUACGGCACCGCAAUCGACGGAAACGCCUGUCGCGACGGAGCAGGGACAGGAGCAGGAGCAAAAUGGGGAGGAACCGCAACAACAGCAUGAGGAGGUGAAGGAUUCUUCAGAGCCUGUUCCUGAGGGGGUUGUUGUUGAUGGGGUCUACUUUGUUCCUCCUACGUCUAAGACCAACACUACUGCCGCCCCUGCUGCGAAUGUCGCCGACGAGGGCAUCUCCGAUGCCCAGUCAAGCUACUACAACCUUCUUCACCACCGCUUCCUGCUCAUUCGAUCGAUACUGAAAUGCACACCUCCAUCCGAGGCUAUCGCCGGGCUCGACGAAUCCCACCCGAUCAGUCUGCCGCGGCACUCGCGAAACGCGCGCAAGGAAUGGCGCCGACUACUCCUGGCGGUGGAUCCACAGACUGUACAGCUGGCGUGUAUGGAUAUGGAGAGUGUGCUGGGUGUACUGGAGAUCAUGGCGCGGUUAAUGUCGGAGAAUGUACGGAGUGGGGAUGCGCAACGGGUUCGACGCAUCGGGGCUUGGGCGUGGGGGUUGCUGGGGAAGUGUCGGGAUGUUGGCCAGUUGGGAACAGAGGAGGUUGGGGAGAUUCGGGAUCUGGGAAAGAGAGCUGUGAAGAUUCUGAGGAAGAUGAGGGAGGAGGAUGAGAAGAAGAUGCAGGAGGGAGACGGGUCGGAUGAGGAAGACGCUGAAGACGAAACGGGGGAAAACGCUGCAGAAGGAGAGGACGGAGCACAACAAGUGGAUGGGCCGAGUGACGACCAGGAUCACGAUAUGCAGGAUGUGGAGGAAGAGAAGCCUGCUACUGAGGAGGAGCUGGAGGCAGCCAAAGCACGACUUCAGGCGAAGCUCGCAGGUGGAGAGGAGCAACCCGCAGUCACCGAACCCGAGGUUGACAACGAAGAACCUACGAAUGAAGCGGCGACACAGACUCGCGCCAUGCUGGACAUGAUCAUCACGGUCAUCGGGGACACACGAAACCCACAAACCAAAGAAAACCCAACAAUAAUGCCCCCCACAACCCUCGAAAUCUCCAUCCCCACAACCAGCAUCUCCGCAACCCAACCCCCCUACACCCUCUACAACAUCACCCUCCGUCUGCCCCUCCGCUCAUUCACCAUCUCAAAGCGCUACUCCGACUUCACCACCUUUCACAACACUCUAACCUCCCAGACAAAUGCGCCCCCACCGGCCCCCCUCCCCCCGAAAUCCUGGUUCCAGAACACCAUCAACAACGCCACCCUGCGCGAAUCCCGCCGCGAAGCACUAGAAGCCUACCUGCGCGCGAUCAACGAAAGUGACGAUCCCCGAUGGCGGAACAGUCCCGCAUGGCGGGCGUUUUUGAAUCUUCCUAGCCUACCAUCCAACAACAAUAGCACUGGUGGUGGUAAUGGGGGCGCAAGUACACGUCUCCACGCAGCAAUCACCGACCCCGGCGACUCCGAAGGCGGAGGGAUCACGGACCCGAUUCUCUGGCUGGAUUGUUUCAGGGAUAUGAAGGGGCAUUUACAUGAUGCGAGGUUGUAUUUGACGAGACGGGAUCAGGAGACUACGCCGCAGCGACAGCAUGAGAGUUCGGCGAGAGCGAAGAGUGAGCUUGUUAGGGCGGGUGGGUUGAUUGGGAGUUUGGAGAGUGGGUUGAGGAAUUUGAGUAAUACAUCUACUUCUGGUGGGGAGGAGAAUAAUAAUGCAGGGUCAAGACCGGGUAGUAAACUCGGGCGCAGGAAUACCGCUACGACUGCUGCCACGGCGUGGAGCGUUAGUGGGAACAAUACCCUCGGGGAAGGGGAGAUGCGACGACGGAAGGAUCUAUUGAUUAACGCGAGGAAAGAGAAAGAUGGGCUGGAGGAUUUGUUGAAUGCUAUGGCGGCGAAGAGUCGGAUUGAUAGUGCGGUGGCGUCGAUUCAGGAUAAGGAGGCGUUGAUGGGGACGCAGGGAGGCAAGAAGGCGAUUAGGUCGUCUGGGAGGGUGUUGGGGAGGGAGACGGAGAGGACGCGUGAAUUGGAUAAUACUGGGGUGGUGCAGUUGCAGAAGCAGAUGAUGCAGGAUCAGGAUGUCGCGGUCGAUGAGUUGAUGAGGAUUGUUAAUCGGCAGAAGGAGUUGGGGAUUGCCAUUAAUAAUGAGUUGCAGGUGCAGAAUGAGUUGUUGAAUUUGGCGGAUGAAGAUGCUACCAGGUUGGGUGGGAAGAUUGAUAUCGGGAAGAAGAGGAUUGGGAGGAUUUCUUGAUGUGGAUAGGAUGCUAUGGUUGUUUGUGAUGUCUAUUUCUACUCAUGGUCCUGGUUGAUAUCCCCUAUAUUGUUCAUCGAAUUUGGUACUAUAUGUUAUGUGUGUUACUUUGGCACGGAAUAGGCCUUGUUACUUAGCGCACAGGAUUAUCGUGGAUAUUGUAAUCUAGCGAGCACAGUCAUGC